UGUAAAACUCAAAGCAUUCUCUCAUAUUUCCUGCUCUCCUUGUUUCCAUAGAUUCAGGAUAUCUAACUUUGUUCCUCAUCGAUAGUAUUAGCGCGACAUCACGUACAUGUUUUUCAGCCUAUACUACUCUAUAACAAUGGAGAAGACAUCAUCAUCGACUACUGAAUACUCGUCCGCUUUGCCUUUCCUUGUUCUAAUUGAUGCAAUUAUCGCUAUAUUGGUGCACACAGCAGACUGGUUAGAUAGCACCCAGAAUUGCUUGUCGAAGUUCCAGUGUUUUGUACAAUCCCAACAUAAGUGUUGCAACUCAAAGGUUCGGGAGGAGAAGAACUUGGAUUCGGAGUUGAGCCAGCUGCCAAAGAUAUGUGAAAAGAAGGAUGAUGGUAGCAUAAGAAGAGAAGAUGUGAAGAUGGUGAUGGGGAACUUGGGAAUUUUUUGCAGUGCAGAAGAGGAGGAACUACCUGAAUCGUUCAGUUCCAAUGAGCUUUCAGGGCUGUUUGAUGAGAAUGAGCCGAGUGUGGAGGAAGUGAAACAAGCUUUUGAUGUUUUUGAUGAGAACAAGGAUGGGUUUAUCGAUGCGAGAGAAUUGCAGCGAGUUCUCUGUAUUUUAGGCUUGAAGGAAGGAUCAAAGCUAGAAGACUGCCAAAAGAUGAUCCAGACAUUUGAUGAAAAUAGAGAUGGAAGGAUAGAGUUUUUUGAAUUUGUAAAAUUCAUGGAGACUAACUUUUGCUAAGCUAUUUUUUUCCUUCCUUCAGAAUCUAAUAGCACUGUUACCAUUCCCACAUUCGUCUGUCUUCUAACAUGUAUUUUGUAUGUUACAUAAUUCUACUUUUACUAAGCAUUAUCAUAGUUAGUUUGGUAGAUGACGAAUUCGUGAAAGAG